AUGACUCUGUCCUCACUGGUCCUGUCCCUGACACUUCUGUUGUCUUCUCUGGUCAUGGGUGGCAUGGAACUGUGCCCUGGAAGUGCUGGUAUCCCAGGAACCCCUGGUGCUCCAGGUCUGCCUGGCAGAGAUGGUCGGGAUGGUGUCAAAGGAGACCCUGGGCCACCAGGCCCCAUGGGACCCCCUGGAGGCAUGCCAGGGCUCCCUGGAAGGGAUGGGCUGACUGGGGCUCCUGGAAGUGUAGGUGAACGAGGUGAAAAGGGUGUGCCGGGUGAGAGGGGACCUCCAGGGCUUCCUGCUUAUUUAGAUGAAGAGUUACAGUCUGUACUUCAGGACUUCAGACAGCGCAUCCUACAGUGUAUGGGAGUUCUCAACUUGGUAGGCAGCAUGUUGCAGGUGGGAGAGAAGAUCUUUUCUACAAAUGCUCAGUAUGCGAAUUUUGAGAAGAUCAGUGAGACAUGUGCCAAGGCAGGUGGCACUGUUGCCACCCCAAGAAAUGCAGAGGAGAACUCUGCUAUCAUGAGCCUCGUGCAGAAGUACAAAACAUAUGCCUACCUAGGCCUGAAAGAAGGGAAGAUACCAGGGGAAUUCUACUACCUCAAUGGAAGCCCAGUGAACUAUACCAACUGGUACUCAGGGGAGCCUGCCGGAAAAGGGCGGGAGCCUUGUGUGGAGAUGUACAGAGAUGGCACCUGGAAUGACAAAAGCUGUCUGCAGUAUCGCCUCACCAUCUGUGAGUUCUGA